AUGCCCCGCCGCUCUCCUCCCUCUCCUAGGUCUCACUCGAGGGCCAGCAUAGCAGCGUCCGACACGACAUAUCACAGCUUUCGUGACAUCGAGUUGGAGGAACCGACAACAACAACAACAACAAUGGACCCGUCACUGCCCAGUCAAAAAUUCGACUCACCGACCUCGCCCGAGAUGCGCCGCCAAGACUCGGGCUAUCAGUCCUUAGCCCCCGCCAGUUCGCAUGUGUCCCGCCGCCGUAGCUCCCCGACAUCGGCCCCGUCGGCUCAACAACAACACCCUCGGCCGAGGCCGGCUGCCCGCCGCUCAGCCAAAUCCGCCCCGGUCGCCCACCUGCCGAGAAGUAGCGGUCAGUCCCUGGACAUUGGCAGGACCUCUACACACUCCCAACAGUCGUACCGCCCACACGACACCGACACCUUCUUCCACUUCCCACAUUUCCCCUACCCGGAGCCGGCCGCCGAAGAAGACCCGGACCUCGUCGUUGCCGAUCCCGAACCCCCGCCGCAGACCACCCACUACUGGACCAGCGACAACACACGGCGGCUGGAGUACGCGGCCAUCGAUGCGGCGAGCCGCGGCGUGAGGGGCUGGGUGAUGCGGCACGUGGUUCCCGACUGCUUCAUCCCCAAGGACCGCCGCCGCAUCCGCUUCGAGGAUGAUCGGGGCAGCGUCGUGCGGUACCGGCUCGACCUCGACGUCGACGAGGACGGGGAGAAGGACGAGCGCGAGGGUGGUGGGAGGAGGAGGCGGCGGAGGGCGUGGUGGUUCCGCCUGCGCGGCAACUGA